UGGCAUGAGAGGAUGGCAGAUCCAGGCUGCCCCCAGAGGCACACACUACGUUUUUUAUCAACGUUACUUUCCCAGAAGGUUCCGGAGAAGUCUGACGUCGUGCUUCGAUGCAUGAUAGCCGGUCAGCCCAAGCCAGAGGUGACUUGGUAUAAGAAUGGUCAAGCCAUAGAUUCGGGAAACACCGUUUCCAGUUACGAGUUCUUUGAGAACCAGUAUAUUCAUUUGCUACAUCUCCCAGGCUGUGCCCAGAGCGACGCUGCGGUUUAUCAGGUCUCAGCGAGAAGCUGCGUGGGGAUGAUCUGCUGUUCAGCCUCCCUGGAGGUCCAGUGUCUGCAGGACCCACAGGUCUCUCCUGAUCCAGGAGGUGGCGGGGACGUGGCUGGGGAGCGUGAAACAGAGAUACGUGAAGAAGACAGCACACGCCGCACAGACGAGAAGUGGAACCCUUGUAAAACAGAAGAAAGUAUGGCCGCAGGGGCUUACAUGCCAACUCAUUCCUCCCCAGACAAAUUCGACCCCUCGUGCUCACCCCAGAUGGUGGUCAGUCAUGACUCUGCUGUUUCCGAUUCUGAGAAUCCCCAAUACGUUAAAGAGGCAAGACAAAGGACAGAGCCUUUCAAUUCAGAUAACAUGCAAGCAAGUUCCUUUAAUUCAAAUAUUGAGAAGCAAGAUGUAUCCCAGCUCAGGACGGCCCAUGCCACUGUGUCAGGGUUAACUGGUGAUGGCCUAGGACAUGAAGAACCUAAUGAGAGUGUCACCCCUAGUCACCAAACCCCCAAAGCACAGAAAUAUAUCAGCUUCAGUCUUCCACUGCCCGAGGCAACCCUGUAUCCUUACCCCAGCGACAGCAACUCCAUCAACAUGCAGCCGGGACCCCAGGUUCCCAGCGAAGACUCUGACAGUGACUACGAACUUUGCCCAGAGAUAACCCUAACGUACACGGAAGAGUUUUCGGAUGAUGACCUGGAGUAUCUGGAAUGUUCCGAUGUUAUGACGGAUUACUCUAAUGCGGUUUGGCAAAGGAACCUGCAGGGGACUGACCGAGUUUUUUUAUUAGAAAGCGAUGACGAAGAGAUGGAAUUCAAUGAGUGUGGUCCCGGUGGGUGUGAGCAUUUCUUCAGUGAAAUGGGUUGUGGGCCUCAGGUGUCGGGUGGCAUGUGGUCUAUGAAUGUCGCCACUGGCUUCUGUAGCUAUCGCUCACAACCCCAGGAAGUGGGGGACAGGAGCAGCGGAACCUCCAGGCAUAGCCCAUUACCCCUGCAUUCAGAAAUGACUCUUACCCUGGGACCUCACCAGGACGGAAUAGCUACGAUGACAGAACCGGGGAGGGCUCCACUCCCCACUGCUUCCGAGGCUGUUGAAAAUGAUUGUUCAGGAAUUCGGGGAGAAACCAGAGACAAGCCUGAAGCAGGAGAGGAAUUCUCCAGUGACAAUCUACAGACCAUGGAUAAGGCAGAGACAGAGGCAUCGGCGAAGCCCUUGUCUGGGGGCUCAGAUAAGUCAGAGGCGAAGCAGGGUUUGAAAAGCCUGGCUGGGGAACGCACGGAAGAAAAAUACCCAGGCAGCAGGAAGACAGCCCUGAGACCCACCAGGGCGAGGUGGCCCGGAAUGAAGGCAAAUGUCAAGAAGCAGCUGCUGAAAGACGGUCCCCCAAAAGGCACUCUUGAUCCCCUUCCCAAGGAACCAACAAAGCAGCCCUUAACCAGGAGCUAUGGACAAGAACCUGCACACACAGAGACGGGAGCUCCUGGCUGGAAUUCCCACUUCCGAGAAGUGUGUAUUCCUCUUCCUGCAGAGCAAGACUCCAAAACCCCUCGACCACCAGCAGACCCACUUUCAAAGGAAGGGGAUAGCAGCUUCGAGGGAGGAGGAGCACUGCUUAGUACGUUAUCUGAAGCAAGCCAGAUUCCAGACCAGACCGCCGGCCGUCUUCAGGAAACCAUUGGGGAGAACAGUUAUCUCGACCAGAUGCCGGCCUUUUCCGUGCCCGCUGAGGAGGAGUCUACGUUCACCGGGGUCCAAACACAUUUCGUCUCCAACUUGACUGAGAUCGACAGGGGAAACUCAUCAUUGGCCCAGUACCUGGGGCUGGAGAGCUGUCCCCAAAGCCCCCAGCAGGAAAGCAGACAAAACAGAGAAGGUGACAGGCCUGGCGCUCUCUGGGCAGAAUCAGCACAAGAACUGAGACCCCUAGAAGACAAUGAUGAAGAAGUGUCCCAGGCUCCAGCCUCAGUGGCUCUCCCUCAGGGUGAUGGUACCCACUUCAGGGAGUCAGAGGCUCUCUCUGAUGCUUUCUCCCAGCCUACUGCUCCCUCCCUCCCCUUGGAAAAUGUGGACAGUGGGUCAAGGGGCAGAGAAGCUGCGUGUGUGAUGGGGUGUUUUGAAGCUGGUGAUCAAGAAACAUGUUAUGCUACCAUGGAUCUCCCUGUUGGAGCACCAGUUGAUAAAUAUUUGCCUGAAGAAAUUUGCCCCAUGGACUUGGAGCUGACAGAAGGUCAAAGAGAAGUAUGUGAUUUAUGUUCUCCUGACAAGAUAUUGGCUGUUCUACAAGCACAAGGUUCUGAGUCUCCACAGGCCACGUACAAGCACAGCGAGGAUGGGAAGUCAGCCGAGGGCGCUCUUUUUCAUAGUACCUUAGCCUGGGACACAUCACCGGAGGCCAGAGAAGAUGCUACGGGAGGGACAGCAGCUGAUACGGGGAAUUCUCCCUCCAUCUUCUCUUCUACACUACUCUACAAUGUAGGAGGGUUUGGGGAGAUACAGGCCCCUUGUUCUGAAAAUAUCUCCUUUGUAAACAGUAACGAAGGAGGCUAUGGAAGCUCCAAUCUCAGCGUUCCGAUUGCCAUAGACACGCUUGCCAGCUACGGUUCCAUCAGGGAGUGCUCAGAAGAGCAGUCAACAGAACCAGCUGCUAAUGUUGACUGUCAUCAGGUGACCAGAGAGACAGAGGGCAUACUAACUGAUGCCACCGAAGUCCACAAAAUCAAAUGCCGCACCGUUUCUGUUCCCCACAUCAACGACUUUGUUGAUGGUGCUGACCAGGUCUCGUGUGAGGCACAAGAUGAAGAGAAUUCCCCAUCGCUCCCCGAUGACCCGUUAAGUAGCUUCACAGGUGAAGCAACCAGGGAGACUCUUGUCCCAGCGCCCAGUGAUGCAGGAACUCAUGGCCACUUCUUACUGCCCGAGGGACAGGGUUUGUACCUCAGGCCUCUUCAGAUUGAUACCCAGCCUGGGUAUGAGAGCCAGACUGUGGAGGGAGCCCACAGCGGAGGCCUUGAAGAGGACUUCCAAGAAAAGGGAAAUGGGACAAAGCAAUGCAUCCGGCCACAGAGCACAUCCCAUCAGGGUUCUCUUUCUGCAAAUGAUUUCCAAGAAAGUUUGCCCUCCAUACCUGCCAUGCAACAGGAGGUCAACGUGGAACCCUUCGAGCACUCCCCAGCAGAUUCCGGGGAAGAAACUGAGUGUAGCUCAGACCAGAGGACCAGUGUUUCUGUGUUGGCUGAGAAGACCAUGGGAGAAGGCAGUCCUUUGGUAAGCAGUGUCCCAGCUCUCCCUGACAUCCUCCUUGGAGAGAAAGAUGGCAUUGGACUAGGAAGUUGGUCUGUGGGCAGCAAAGUGAAGAUCAUAACUCUAGAAGCUCCUGUUUUUGAAAUCUGGCCCCCAGAACUAGUGACGCAUUCUGGGUACAAGGAGGCAGAAGUUGGUCUCACGGCACCUGGAAGGAGCUGGGCUCUGUCUGACAUCCUCAGAGCAGGCACCAGGCCCGAGCCAGGAGCCUUGGGAGUAACAACAUGGGUUCCCAGCCCCAAAGCCGAUGCCAUUAUGGCCCUUGGAAAUAACAGGGACAUCUGCGAAGAUGCUGCACCAGACAGACAAGCGUACUGCAACAGUCAGACUUCCCAGUGUCUGGGCCAACCCCGACUCCUGGAGUCAUCUGUUGACCCUGUUGAGGAGAAGGAGUUAAAUGUCACGGACUCUCCAUCAGAGACUUCCAGAACUGGAGAGGUGGAAAUGGCUGAGACAACGGAUGAGGAACAGGGGGGAAGGCAGCACAAGCUGCCGCACCCCACCGUUGCUAACCAGUCUGUGAACUUCCCUAGGAUCCUGGAAUCCUCUGUGGACCCCAUUGAUGACAGGGGUGGGAAGCCAGAGCCCUCUGACUCCAACAUAGAAGCAAGUGAAUCCACCACUGGAAACAUGUGUCAGAGGGUAGACAUCCAAACUGCUCACCUACGGGUCCCACAUCCCCAGGACAAUGGGGAAAUCAUUCCAAACGAAAACACAACCAACCAAACUCAUGUAGACAGAGAGCGAGCAGAUGCCAAAGCCAGUCAGCAUAAUGCAGCAAAAGACGCUAUUUGGCAAGGCCAGUGCCCCGGUGAAGAGAGACAAGGGAUUCCAAGUGUGUGCACCGUGAGCCCAACACAAGAUGGUGGUGACAGAAGCCUAGGAGAAGCUGGGCAAAGGGGAAAGGACGAGACUGAGGUCACUUCCCCCAUGUCUCCCCUUUCUAACUGUCCUGCAGGAAUGACGUACACAUCUGUCACGGCUGAGACCAGUAACUCCACAGGCCACAUUUAUGGCGGAUCUGAGCCCAGAACCCAUCAACGUGUAAUUCCUGUGAAGAGGGAAAAAGGAACCAUCGAGAACAAGUGUGGGAAACAUGUGCCCUCUUCAAAUGAUCUCAUGGACACACUCUGCACUUCAUCUCCCAAAGGAAAUGUCACACGCUCGCCAACGAGCCCUCGCGCAGAGGAACUGAAAUCAGAGGAGCUUCAAAUUGCGGAAACCAAACCCCUAAACUCAUCUGACCCCCGAACAAUGACCUUGGCUUUCAUUUCAGGAGAACAUGAGUCAGAGAAAGACCCUGAAAGCUUGUUACUUAAGGACCUGUGUCAAAAGGGCUCUACCCUGGAGAGCGGGAAAAAGUCCAGAGAGGAACAGCAGAGGCCUGUGGUGGCCAACAUCAGCAAGGCACCCGGGGCCCAAUCAGCAAUAGCUGGGUCAGAGGAGGGCAAAAAACAAGAGGCUUCAGGGAGUGGACACUUGGCUGCAGGGAUAAAGAAGAAAAUUCUAUCCAGGGUGGCAGCCCUGAGGCUGAGGCUAGAGGAAAAGGAACGUGUGAAGAACUCCACUCUGAGGAAGGCACCUAAGUUUGAACGGUCCUUGUCCCGCACUGAUGAGAAAAGAGACCCCAGAAGGGCCCCUUGCAAAGCUGAAGGGAAAGCUCCAGUAUUGCUGAAGAAGAUCCAGGCUGAGCCGGCUCCCGAGCACUCUGGAAAUAUAAUGCUGACCUGUCAGUUUUCAGAAAUCCAUGAAGACUCUACCGUUUGCUGGACAAAAGAUUCGAAGUCGAUAGCCCAGCUCAAGAAAAGCGCAGGGGACAGCUCCAGUGUUUCCUUGGCCAUCGCCCAAGCUGGUCAGAAGGACCAGGGCCUCUAUUACUGCUGCGUCAAGAACAGCUACGGAAAAGUCACUGCUGAGUUUAACCUCACAGCCGAAGUUCUCAAACAGCUCUCCAGUCACACGGAAUACAGAGGAUGUGAAGAGAUUGAAUUCAGCCAGCUCAUCUUCAAAGAAGAUGUUUUCAAUGACAGCUACUUCGGGGACCACCUACGCGGCCAGAUCUUCACGGAGGAGCUUCACUUCGGCGAAGGGGUGCACCGCAAAGCUUUCCGCAGCACAGUGAUGCAGGGCCUCAUGCCCGUCUUCCAGCCCGGCCACGCAUGCGUACUCAAGGUGCACAACGCUGUCGCCCAUGGGACCAGAAACAAUGAUGAACUUGUGCAGAGGAACUACAAGCUCGCUGCCCAGGAAUGCUACGUUCAGAAUACUGCCAGAUACUAUGCCAAGAUCUAUGCCGCUGAAGCACAGCCUCUGGAAGGCUUCGGAGAGGUGCCGGAGAUCAUUCCUAUUUUCCUUAUCCGUCGGCCCGAGAACAACAUCCCUUACGCCACAGUGGAAGAGGAGCUGAUUGGAGAAUUCGUGAAAUAUUCCAUCCGAGACGGGAAGGAAAUCAACUUCCUCAGACGAGAUUCGGAGGCUGGUCAGAAGUGUUGCACCUUCCAGCACUGGGUAUACCAGAAAACAAGUGGCUGUCUCCUGGUCACGGACAUGCAGGGUGUGGGAAUGAAGUUAACUGACGUUGGCAUAGCAACACUGGCUAAAGGGUACAAAGGAUUUAAGGGCAACUGUUCCAUGACCUUCAUUGAUCAGUUUAGAGCGCUGCACCAGUGUAACAAGUACUGUAAAAUGCUGGGGCUGAAAUCCCUUCAAAACAACAGCCAGAAGCCCAAGAAAAUCCUCGGGAAAGGCAGAGCUCCUUCAAACUCCUCGCCAGUGAAGGCGCCUGAGUCCGGGACGCCCACAGAAAAGAAAACCUAGCAUCCCUCAUCCCUUGGCCACCAGUGACCACCAGCCAGCAACGCACAGGCUUGCAAGUGGACAUUGGCCAACACGCGGGGUCGCGAGCCUGCAGCCUGCAGAGCCUCACUCCUCUUCCGCUCACUAUCACUUGCUGUCUGCUGAAACGAGGAUGGCGAGGAUGGCGUGGGUCUUUCUGACUAGCCCUGUGGGGAGUCUCAGCAGUUCCGUUGAUGGUCUCAAAGACAGCCCACUGUUUGUGUACACAACUAGCGAGUCUACCCCACCCCCUCUCACCGUGUGUCUAUUUGUGUGUUGCACGUGGUUUGUUGACAAGAGUUCCACACUGCCUUGCGACUGGCCACCGUCAAAAUCCUUCCCACCACGACUCCUCACCUCGGGAAUGUCUGGAUGUUUCUGCAAUUACAAAUGUCAAGUUGUCGUAUCAGUGUCACCUAUGCUACUGUUGCUGAAGGUGGCUUUCCAGAUGUGAGGCCAUUUCCCGGCACUACCCACACAGCCUGGCACCUGCUCUGUUUCAUUAAAUUCAUAUUUAAGCAAAAA